AUGGACCCCUUCACUCCCAAAGGCAUGCUGCUUGCUCCUCAUCCGGCUAUGGCCAGGGGCUCUGGGAAUGAUAUGUUUGACAGGUACCAGGUUAUCCAUUUGAUCGAGCACCGGGUCCGGAAGCAAGCGCAUGAGGGUUGCCGAGAAAGCGACAGCAUGCUAUAUAUCGCUGCCAACACGAAUAUACCUGUGCCGAAAGUCAAUGACACAAAAUUGGAUGCGGAGGACAGCUUCUCUUACAUUGUGAUGGAAUAUACAGAAAAUGAGCUCAACAAUUUUCUGGCUCACAACGCUGAGGGUACCCAAGGCCCUCAUCUACUCCGAAAUGACAAUCACAUAAUCCAUUUUGCUCACGGCGACCUAAGCCCCCGGAAUAUUCUGGUCGAUGAGGGCGGCCGUAUCACCGCAAUCAUCGACUGGGACAUUCUCCGGAUGCGCAUGGACUUCCCAAGGAAGAGGAAGAUGCCGGAUCAUCCAAGGUACUUCCAGUCCAUCUUCCCACCCAAAUAUAAACAAAACUUUUCGGCGCUGGCGUACCUGGCACAUUUUGAGCCCUUAGUUCCUGGUAGCCUACCUCUAAAUCCAUUCCCUACGGUUGGAAGGAUGGAAAUUGGCUAG